AGGAUUGCACCGAUGUACCCGAGCUUGUGACUUGAUUAUAUUCACAACACGAGAGCAAGCUGUGAGUUGAGCUUGCCUUCGGGCCUGUUCGGUCGGUCUUACCUUCCUGAUGUGGGGACAUCCAAAAGUGGUUGCCCGAUUCAAUGGGUUCCGGAGUCGCCACCGGCAGCUGCUCCCCAGCUUACAUGAGCUUCACCUAUAUAGCCUUACUCUCUUGACUUCCUAUUCAUGUCGCCCACGUUUCCCUCAGUCUUUAUUCACUUCACUUCUUAUUCCUAUUUCUAUCAUGGAUUUUUGCCAUGGAUGGGUUUCUCACAGCCUGUUGUCAGAACAAACUUUACUAAUUAGUCAUAUGACAGAACAGGAGGUCAGCCUUAUCUAUUCUUCGUGAGAGCUAGUAUUUUCGGGCAGAAUAUUUGUGCUCCUAAUAGAGUUCGCGAAUUUGUAUUUACUUUUUAUCCGAAGCGAGUCCCAGCCCGGUUCAGGUGACUACAGAUCCCAUCCAUUUUUUUCGCCUUCGAC